AUGAUCACAUCAUCUAUGCUAAUCGCCCCAGCAGCGUCAUGUGCAAGAGGAAAGGGAGGAGACAAGUUUGGUAGCAAUAGUAUUUUUGGAGGGUUGAGUAAUAAUAAGGGCUUUUUUGGUAGGGUUUUGUUUAGAAAUGUGGAAGGGUUUUGUUGUAGGAGGAUCAAGCCAAAGUUUCCUGUGGCUGCAAUGGUUAAGGAUGAGAAGGAGAAUGAUGAUGACCCAUUAUGGCCUGAUCCUGAAGAUAUUGAUCCAAACUGUGAUACCCCAUUAACCAAAUAUCUAUCCUAUUUUCAUUGCCGGAAACAUGAGGUGAAGCCGCUAACUUUUUCCUUUCAGAAGCCAUUCAUUGACUUGGAUGAAAACAUCGAACGGCUACGUAAAGCUGUUGAAGAAUCUGGAUUAGAUUUUCUUGAUCUGGUCGACCGUUUGGAAUCAAAGAAUGACAAGGCUUUUGAACGUUAUCACCGCAAAUUGACGCAAAAUCAAUGCAUGGCCUUUGCUAGGCAUCCACAUAGGCCGGAUGUUGUUGAUCGCAUUCUAAACAUCACUGAAACGUGGCAAGAACUCCAUGGAGAUCGAACAAGCUAUGAUCCAGCGAUUGUGACUGGUUUAGGGAGCAUUCACGGUGAAAUUUACAUGUUCAUUGGUCAUCAGAGGAAUAGAAAGCUGAAAUCUGCGGUGCCCACUCCACGUAGCUACAAAAAGGCUUUGCUAAUGAUGAAAUAUGCUGAACAUUAUGGUUUCCCCAUUGUCAUUUUUGUUGACACAACAAGUGCUUUUCCUGAUCUGAAAUCGGAGGAACUUAGUCAGGAAGAAGCAAUAGCACAUAAUUUGAGGACAAUGUUUAGUUUGAAAGUUCCAAUUGUAACGAUUGUGACCGGCGAAGGUGGUCCAGGUGGUGCUCUUGCUAUUGCUUGCGCGAACAAAUUGCUAAUGAUGCAGAGGUCUGCAUUUUAUGUUGCAAGGCAAACUUGUCUAGAGCAAAGGUUAAAAUGCCUAUUUAUUGGACCAAACGAAAUUUACUUUCUCACAAGCGCCGAAAUACUGCAGCAAUUAUCCCCAGCAGCCCGAAAGAGAGCUGAACAGAGAGCUAAAAAGAGGAGCAUUACUGCUCAAGAACAUUACAGGCUAAGAAUUGCAGGUGGUGUCAUUUGGGAACCUAUUGCUGGUCCUGGUGAUGAAGACCCCUGGAGUCAUGACGAUCUUAAAAGUGCACUUCUUGAGGUUACGGAGGAAUUAAGAAUAUUGGAUGGUGAUGAGCUGAUGCACCACCGUAUGCUCAAGUUUCCUACGAUUAGACAUGGUGGUGACAAAAAAGAAGGUGGCCAAGUGCGAACAAAAAAGAAACAUAGAAUGAAGCCAUCUGAGGUAAAUGUUCUAAAGACUGCCGAGAUGGAAUCCCAGCUUGAAGAACUCACGAAGAAAAUCCUGAAAGCGGAGGGAACCUUCAAUCCGAAAAAAACAGAAAUGUGGUGA